GUACGGGGGUGCCAGAUCGCCGACGUGCUGAUCCGGAAAACGCGGAGACUGUCCCUGUUCCAGCAGGGACCCUUCAGGUACACCUGGGGACAGGUACGGGGGUGCCAGAUCGCCGACGUGCUGAUCCGGAAAACCCGGAGACUGUCCCUGUUCCAGCAGGGACCCUUCAGGAACCGCACCCUGGUGGUCGCCAUCGUGUUCCAGGUGUGCAUCGGCUGCUUCCUCUGCUACUGCCCGGGGAUGCCCAACAUCUUCAACUUCAUGCCCAUCAGGUUCCAGUGGUGGUUGGUGCCGAUGCCCUUCGGGCUCCUCAUCCUCAUCUACGACGAGAUCCGGAAACUCGGAGUGCGGAGACACCCGGGCAGUGAGUGA